AGUGGGCGGAAGUUAGCUGUCAGUCGGUGGCAGCAGCCUGGCAGGUGUUAUGGAGACCCACGUGGAGCUGCAGGAGAUCCUGGGACCCUCUGGGUUUGAGGUUUAUCCCUUCCAGGUUGGUUGGUACAAUGCAGUGCUUGACCCUGUCUUUCACCUCUCCUACCCUGAGGACACCUUGGCUUUUGUCGUUCUCAGCAAGCCUUCGAUGUUUGAAUGCGCUUUUAAGCCUUUCCUCUGUGAGCAGAAGCUUCAAAGUCUACGUGAUCCUAUUGACCAGUGCGUCGCGUACCACAUGUCACUAGCGAAGGAGAGGUGUCCUUCGAAAAAAAUCGAUGUUAUAUAUGACUAUGAGCUACACCCUAAUCGGCGGCCCAAAGUGCUGAUGCAGACAGCGGCUCACGUGUCUGGUGCGGCCUAUUACUAUCAACGCAGAGACGUACCACAAGACCCCUGGGGAGAGAAGAAAAUAUUUGGGGUCUGCAUACACCCUCGAUAUGGGGGCUGGUUUGCUAUCCGUGCUGUGCUGGUGUUCAGUGAGGUACGAGCUCCUACCUUGGAGCAGCUUCUCCCGAUAGACUGCAUCCCCUCUCGAGAAGACAGAAUUCAACUUCUUGAGGACUUCAACUUUCGCUGGCGAGAUGGGAAAUACCGAGACGUGCUGCCUGUUGAGCAACGCUACUCUACAGAACAAAUCCUUUACUUCGCCACACCCCCCGCAGAAAGAUUUAAACUGUUGGAAAUGUGGGGUACACUACCUCUGAGCCCUCCCUGCUGAUCCGGAAUAGCCCUGUAGCUGUCUGUCUGUUCUCAAAUCAAGGAAGAGUUACAUAAACUCUACACAUAGAUCUAUGUAUGUAAUAUAUUCCCAUUUAUCGCAGCUUGAUACGCUGUGCCUUUUACAAGUAGGGUUAUAGGUUUAUAUACUAAAUCUUACUGGCCAUAUAAAAUACCUCCUCUUUUAUUUAUUUUUAUUUAGUUCCAGGGUUACAUUUUUGUAGAACCGUUUUGUAGAAAGGUUCCCUGCAGUGACUUUUUAAUGCAAGAAAUGCACAACUUGUACAUACCUCAGGGCUGCGGGUUCUGCUACCAGCUGAGUCAGCUCAGUUUUUUAUUCUAUUUAGGUUCAUUUAAAUGAUUACUUAAGAAAUGUGUAUUAAUUACAUCUGCUAAUCCAAAAUUAAUACUGUUAUGUUAUAUCAGGCACCAGCUAUGUCCUGAGUGCGGAGGUCGACAGAGUAUGACUUUUGAUAAAUAGUUAUUGCUGUUGAUUAAUUAACAUACUGUCUUUGAACACUACAAAUAAACCUGAUACACAAUUAAA